AUGGUAGAAACUACAAAAAAGAAGCAUAGACCAGUAGAAUUGGACCUCAAUGUACCCAAUAAGGUGGAAGCAGCGCUUCGAAUAGUGAGUCCUGGACUUCCAAAGCUAUCACCUGGAAUGCAAACCACCAUGAAUGAAUCAAUGCAGAUUCAACGCCAACAAAGAGAACUCAUAGCAGCACGUAAUAACACAGAACCAGGAGUGGAAGUCAAAGAACCCACCAGUGUACUGGAGAAAAAAGUGGUGGUAAUCACCACAUCAAACCCGGACAGCGAGGUUCAAGAUUCAAGUCGACUUUCUACCCCAUCCACUACUAAGCGACUCAAGCGUGAAAAUGCACCACCUCCGUUAUCAUUGGUAAGGGAAAAUUCAGAAAAAUCUCCUUCAAUGCGCCCACUGAUCCAAUCGGCACCGCUUAGACCAUACUUUAUGGGCCCACAUGCCAAAGGUGCAUUCAAACCAUAUGGCUCCAAUCCCUAUACACCCCAUCGUCAAUUGCGUCGUUUGCACGUAUCUCCGCCUCGAAGAAUCAUAAGACCAUUUACAGCACAUGCUGCUCAUCCGCAAUUACAAGGGGUAUAUCCAAGAUACACAGCGGCUCCAUACACCGCAGUAGCUGGUUCAUUCCCUCGAGUACCUUACAGACAUGUGUCGGGCCCACUUCCAUAUACCAAGUCGCCCGUACUGGCACAAGUUACUGACGUUUACCACGGCGACUACACAAGAGUAGCUCCAUUUACGUCACAGCCACUUUCGGCGCAGCAAGAUGCUUUCGAAGGUACAGGUGCGGUAGCCGAUCGUACUUUAGCUACUGAAGAAGAAAUGAUAGAAAUGAAGAGAAAACACGAGCAGGCAAGCAAAGGAAUGUCAGGCUCCGAAUCAGAUGACUCUGAUGAUCCGGAACUGAAUGCAAUUGACCCAGAAGAUCAACCUCUUCGCACCGGAAACCUGCGAAGUCGCUCACUGACCAUCUUCGGGUCUAUAAAUCUAAUGAAUGAGUCAGUGUUCAACUUUAAGAUAUAUGCAUCAUCCAAGAAACAGGAGGAGAGUAAAGACUCAACCCCGGCUUCUAAUUCCAAUGGUGAUCUAAGUGAAAAGGUUUCACUGCCAUCGUCGCAUUCGCCCGAAAAAUCACCAGUAACUUUAUCCGCUGAAACCACUACAACAGAUCUCCAAAAACAAAAGGAAAAGUUUCUCAAGAUCUGUGAGACCAGCUGGGACGAGUUUGUGAGCACAAUGGGGUAG